AUGAGUGAAAACAAAAUGAGAGAGUUUCUCCUCACCACAGAGCACAUCCAGUUCAGAGGGAUACUCUCGUCCGUGCCUCCGCUGCUGGGUCUUCCUCACAGUCGCAGACAGUUUGGCCUGAAGGACCAGGAUGAGGUGAAGUUCAUCGAGCACCAAACGCAGUAUCUGAGACCUGGCUGCUGCCCUCGUGCUCACCUUCAACACCAGUGGCAGCACAAAGAGCAGUUUUACUGUCCUCCACUGGAGGUCUCUGUGUUUGUGCAGUUCAGAUCACUGACACAUUCUAAGAAAUACCACAGGAGGAGAAUCAAAGGAAAAGAGGAGCUCAGAUGCCUCCUUCUGAGAAACCACUGCAGGUUUGAUGGAUCGUGCUUUGUGUCAGGGUCGGGAUCUUCAAGCUCUCGUCGCAGGACUCGAAGCCUGCAGCACGUGGGAGAACGUUGCGUGUCUGCAAGACUGCCGAUAGUUUACUGGCAGCAUGCCACUUUUAAAUGGAAACUGUGGUUGGGCUUUAUGACGGAAAAACACAUUCCAUCUCUGAAGUGUGACUCUGACUUCUUUGUCACAUUACGUCGACAACAUGGUCAUGUUUCAGUGACCUUGGAGCAGUUUGCUCUCGCCGUCAAGAUUGCCAUAUCAAAGAGGAUUGUGCCUUGCUCACCAAGUUCUGCCUUCUUCAUGGCACUAGUCUGGUGUAUCAGGAGAGUGUGGUACCUGGACCCUCAACACCAACCGACAGAUCCACAGCUAGGCAGGCGGCCUCACUGGGGUUCUCCCACACAGGAGCCGAGAGGACAGCGGGGUCGACACCGGUCUGUCAGUAUGCGGUCAGCAGGUGCUUUACGGCAUGUUUACCACUCGAACAAACCCAACACAGCCGCUGUCUCUGUGCAAACAACCCCCUCUGUUCUCUCAGAGCCACGGCAGCGGCCACCGCACGUGACUGAAGGCAUGUGCUUACGGUUCCUUUCAGCGCGCUCAUAUGAGCUAUUGUUAUAUGUUUUCAAUGGGUUAUUGAAGAUAAUUUAUCAUGUGACAGGCUUCAUAACGUGGCGAAAAUAACCCAAUCGCUUGUUUAUAAUUAGCUGCUGUUCACUUAAGGAUGAACAUAAUCACAAAUGUGAAUAUCUUGACUGUUCUAGACAGCAAUGUGAUUAAAUGGAGAGCAAAUUGGGACUUUGCACGUUUGGCCCCAGUGAUCUCAAAUGUGUCAAAAGAUCUCAGAUCAUGCUGAAAGUGUGCAAUUGCAAGUUUCAAACAUAAAUCUUUCUCAGGCCAAAUGAUCUGAGCUGACUAACUCUUUUCCCACAUUAACGGAAUUUUCUGUGUUUUCACUGAUAUAUGUUAGGAGACACGAUUACACAUCUUCUGAAAGAGCAUUGAACGUCUAGAUCAAAACACGGUGAAGAAGAAGCCGAAAACGGCGAUUGCAUAUGUAUGCAGAUGCAUACGUAAAAUAACACGAUCAUCAAGCAUUAAACAGCACAUAAAUCAAAACCUAAUGUUACUGAAUUAAAUAACGAUCCAGAAAGUGUUAUAGGAUAGUGCACACUUUGGAUGUGUUGAUGGAAGCAUACGACUCAAUCUGUUGCUUUUUUCAUGAAACUUAACCACAUUCAAGUGUUGAGAAAAACAACACUUUUUUGUUUGUUUUGUUCUGAAUGCCAUUAAACUUUCAUGAAAAUGAUCAGGAAUGCUUCUGGUGGCUAGAAACUAAAAAAAAAAAAAAAAAAAACUAACGUUUUUAUUUCUGAAUGUUCUCUGUACGUUCAAAAUGUCCAAAAAAAAUAAAAAUUGGCUUAAAAAAAUAAUAAGUUCCCUCUUGGUUUCUCUCUUUCCAAUAUGAUUUUCCAAAUAUUAUGCCAAUGUUACUUUUCAAUGUUACUUAAACGUUCUUCAUAAAGUUUCAGAAAUAAAACAUUCCAUGAACGAUGUAUAAAUAACCUUUUCUGUGCAAAAGUUUAGACAACAUUACUAAGAACCAGAUAACUGACAGAAAUAUGUUCUAAGAACUUGUUCCUAACAUUUCAUUAAGUUACGAAAAAAACAUUUCUCAAAUAACUUUCUAACGAUCAAAACGUCCAGUUUUUAAAAUGUUUUAAAAAUGUUUUUUUUAAAUCAAUGUUAAAUAAGCA